UAAAUGUCUCUCACGCUUAUCCCGAUUUCCAUAAUUAAUUACAGCGCAAAAAUUGACAAUUUCAGCGGGUUUUAACGGGCCCGCUACGCUGGAAACAAUGGCAUGUGCCUACCUGCAGUACAUCGCGUGUAAUUCACUUGGAGUAGCGUAGCAACAGUACGGGUCAUGCGUCGUGACCCGACUGCCGUGAAACCUCCCUAUAUCCAGGCCAGUUUAAUGUCUAACUGACCCUCCCUCGUGGAAGUUGGUUGGAAGUGGCCAGGACACCUUCACACUGAACCACUUGCGAUACUGUAGGGGUUUGGUUUGGUUUAGAUGAGUUGAGGGAUACAGCGCGGAAACAGUCCCUUCGUCCCACCGGGACCGAACCGACCAGCGAUCCCCGCACAUUGACACUAUCCUACACCCACUAGGGACAUUUUCUUACAUUCACCAAGAUCUCGGAGAAACCCCACGCACACAAACUCCAUACAGCCAGGACCCGUUGUCAGCAUCGAACCCGUGUCUCCGGCGUAAGACAGCAACUCUACCGCUGCGCCACCGUGACCGCCCAUAUUCAGCAGUGGGCGUCAAUGAAAACAUUAUCAACCAGGAAGAGGAGGAGUUAAAAUGGAUUCGAAACACCAGGUGGAAAGUUGGACCGAGGAGGCAAUUUGUUCCAUCUGCCUGGAUUUCUUCACCGACCCGGUGGCGCUGGAGUGCGGGCACAACUUCUGCCGCUCCUGUAUCACACGGUUUUGGGACAGGGCGGAGAGAAACUCCUGCCCGGAAUGUGGAGCGGCGUUUGAAGAGCGCACCCUCAGCGUUAGUUGGGCCUUGGCGAGACUGGCUGAGAAAGCUCGAAAUCACAGCCUGUAUCGGAAAGAGGAACGUAAACCUCACUGCGAGGAACAUCAGGAAGAACUGAAGCUGUUUUGUGAAACUGACAAGAAACUGAUCUGUGUGAUUUGUGCAGCUACGCGGGAACACAAGUCUCACAGCUUCAUGGUGAUAGGAGAAGCUGUGGAACUCUAUAUGAAUCAGGUGAAAUCUUCCUCAGAAUCUCUCACAAAAAAGGAAUCGGAGAUCCAGUUAAUGGAGCAGCAACAGAAACUAAAGAUAUCUGGAGUUCUGGAAGAGUCAUGUAGCCUUAAGUCUCACUUCAAAGCCUGGUUUGUUAAACUGCACCAGAUCCUCUCCGAGAAAGAAAACCACUUACUCGGAGAUCUCCAGGAAGAAAAGAUGAAGAUUGUAAAUGAGAUGAAGAUAAAUCUGACGCAGAUUCAAAACAAAUUAAAUGAUGUUCAGCGGGAGCUGGUGGAGUUAAAGGAAAGGAUGGACCAAAAAGACAUUGUGCUAUUUCUGCAGGAUGAAGUUGGUCGGAAGAGCAGUGCGAGUGUUGUUACCGAAUCGUUGUCAGUGACAGAUGCUGUCCAGGCCUUUGAAACGUUCCAUCACCCCUUUGUGUUUGGCACAAUGAUAACAGAAAUAUCUGAUGCUAUUAAGCGGAGUAGCUUACGAACUGACGUCUCCGUCACCCUGGAUGUGGAAACAGCGCAUCCGGAGGUCGAGGUGUCGGAGGAUCGGAAGAGGGUGAGACUAACCCGGACCUGGAGGAGUCUCCCUGACACCGGGAAGAGGUUUACAGGCAGUCCGUGUGUGCUGGGAUCGGAGGGAUUCACAUCGGGGAGACAUUACUGGGAGGUGGAGGUGGCGGGGAGUCAGUGGUGGAUUCUGGGAAUCGCCGCAGAGUCUGUGGAGAGGAAGGGACCGGUCACACUGACUCCGGAGACUGGAGUCUGGAGCAUCGGGCAGUGGGGGAGUGACAGGUUUGAUGCACUCACCUCCCCUCCAUCCCCUCUCCCCGCCCGCCCCAUCCCCGGGAGGGUGGGAGUUUAUCUCAGUUACGAGUCCGGGACAGUUUCGUUUUACGACGCGGACACCAAGACCCAUCUCCACACCUUCACUGGGAAUAAAUUCACGGAGAAACUUUAUCCUUACUUCGCGAGUUGCCAGGAAAACCAGUGGCUGAGAAUAUGUUCCGGUUCCGCUCCAGGUGUGCACAAGGGUCAGGUCCCCGGACCAGCGUCUGGAUCGGGGCUCAGGGCAGGGCCGGAUUUAGAUGACGAGAGGCCCGAGGCUGUUCCACUUGUCAGGCCCCUCCCAAUCCCCCACCCCCACGAUGAGAGGAAGAUGGAAGAGUCCACCAGAUUGACAGCGGUGUGCAGCCGAGCCUGGCCAACAAGAUAAGGGCUGGAAAGCUGCGCUUUUUAUUUAUUGCCAGUGCUGGUGUUGAGUUAUUGGCUUAAAACACUAUUAUUCUGAAAUGGAGGGCAAGGAAAAUUAACUAAGAGACUACAGUUCAUUGUGACAACAUAUGUAAGAAAGGCCUAUGACAGUGUCAAAAAUAUUAUACACCGGGCCCAUAUGAAGCUUUUCAAAAAGGGGGGUGGCAUGGCAGGAUUACAAAAAUUUUUUAUGUGAAAUAAGUGUACGCAGUGCAUAUCACAAGUGUAAAGCUCAAAGACCCUUGCAGCCGGGGUCCAGUGCCCGUCUAAGGGCCCUGGAAGCUCUGGGGUUUUAGAUGCUCUCUGGUGCAUUCUGAGCCUUAUUUUGGAGCUUUUUUGCACCAGAUUUAUGACCAAUAUUUCAGAAAUAAUUUUGGUUGAGUCAAGAGUAAUGAGUGGUUGGAAUGGGAUGAUUGGGGUCAUUGUUGUACACAUUUUUUAAAAUCAAGAAUUGAAGCUGUCCUUGUUUUAAUAAUCAAGUUGUACUGUAAACUGUUAUGUAAAAUGUUAUAAAGGAGCAUGCAAACACUGCAAAUAUACUGUAAGUUUUUGCUGUAAAUAAAACCUUUUUUAGAAAAUGUUUUGUGUGUUGA